ACUGUUUGCAACGCCUCAACUGUUCCUUUCCGCCGUCACAUUCACAUUCUCCGCUUCGAAGCACAGCACCAUACUUGGCGCAUACAGAACAAGAAUUGCACCCAAGAGAUCCGAUCACAUCCGCCAACAUGCCUACAUACUGGCUAUCAGAUGGUCAAAAGGUCGGCGUCGCAUUCUGCACAGGCGGCGGCUUCUUCCUUCUCUUCGGCCUCAUCCUGCUGUUUGAUCGCGCCCUCCUCGCCAUGGGCGACAUCCUCUUCCUCAUCGGCAUAACGCUCCUCCUCGGUCCCCAACGAACCUUCGCCUUUUUCGCCCGAAGACAGAAAUGGAGGGGAACAGCAGCGUUUUGGACGGGGAUACUGUUGAUUUUGAUGAGAUGGCCUUUUGUUGGAUUUGGGGUGCAGUGUUAUGGAAUGUUCAUCCUCUUUGGAGAGUUCUUCAAAACGAUUGCCGGGUUCGCGUAUAAUGUACCUGUGGUGGGGCCAUACAUUGCCAAAGCGCUGAAUGUUGCGGGAGAUAAAGCUGGAGCGGAUGAGAGGAAACAUAAGGAUUUGCCAGUAUGAGGGGCUGGACGAACCUCGAUUGUGUCGGCGAGACUUUUGCAGGCAUCUGGACAGCGUCAUGAGAUGGGUGAACACGAGUGGAAAAGGAGCGGAAGAGAACAGAGGCGAGGCAUGAGACGCCAAAAGCGACGUGCGAUGAGUGCGAAAGAGUGAUAACGAAGAGAUGAGAGAUGA